UUAGUUUCUCCCAGAAACGGCGCAGCAGGCCGCCUGUUUGAGGGCUCGGCCGCGCCUCCACCCCUCGCAUGAGAGUUUUACAACGAAAGACAACAACUUGGAAAGUGUUUUCCAGAGGAAUUACAGAGAGACUGAACACUGAAGGGGGAAAGAAGACUCGGAGAUGAGAUAGCCUUCUGCCUCUCUGUCUAUCCCCCCCUCAUCCUCCUUCCUCCUCCCGGCUCGGACGGCGUCGCUCGGUGCCGUUUCUUUCCCGGAUGAUGUAAGUGUUGUGUGACCGGCUGAGCUCGGAUCAUCAUUGCCGACGUUUUUUUUUUUUUUUUUUUUUUUUUUUUUUGUGGUUGUCGGUACGAAGGCAGUGCGCAUCUUCACAUUUCCGCUGGAUUGAGGAUCAGCGGGACUUUGCGCGGAGUUCAUCCGGCGGAGGCUCCUCACCUCGGCGAUGAUGAGCGCUGGCGCAGCCAUGUGGCAGAGGAUUCAGAUUUGCUGCGCUCUGUUUGCGUUGCAUUCAGCGGCAGCGCCUGCACACAUCAACCGCCUGGCGCUGUUCCCUGACAAGAGCGCCUGGUGCGAAGCCAAGAACAUCACUCAGAUCGUCGGGCACACAGGAUGUCAGCCGCGCUCCAUCCAAAACAGAGCCUGUCUGGGCCAGUGCUUCAGCUACAGCGUCCCAAACACGUUCCCACAGUCCACCGAGUCUCUGGCGCACUGUGACUCCUGCACGCCUGCCCAGACACAGUGGGAAGUGGUGACUCUGGAGUGCCCCGGCAGCGAGGAUUCUCCACGCGUGGACAAGCUGGUGGAGCGGAUCCUGCACUGCAGCUGCCAGUCCUGCAGUAAGGAAAGCGUCCAGGAGGGGGCGCUGAUGCAGCUCUAUCCAGCAGACAACACCCUGGAUUCAGCUCCGUCUCUAUCCGACCCGCUGAUCGGAGACCCGGCCCACUCUCUGCCCCACGCAGACAGCCUGUCUGACAAGCAGGCCCACCCUCUCGCGCACCACCAUCCCACGCUGCCCCACGCGUCAGACGGAGGCUAGAGCCACAGCUGUAAUGACUCUCUGCUCGCCUUCACUCCUCCUCCUCCUCCUCGCUGCUUCCUCUGUAGUAUCGUUACGGCACUUUGAAUCUUUCUUUGAAGGCAUAAACCCACAGGGCCGCGUUAUCAGAAUGAGCUCACAUAAACACUACGCGCUUGUGUGUUUUCAGUAAUACACGCAGAGGCCUGAUGACUGUAGCCUGUUGAUAUACUGUAAGGGCUUUUAUUCUGCUUUGAGUGUAAUAAAUGCUCUGUUUGGUAAAAGUC